UAAGUGUAAAGACAUAUAGGUACUAAAAUGAACUAUAGUAGGUUCAACUGUUACAAUUAUUAGUUGAGAAAGUUGAGCCUCUCGCCAGAACUAUACCAUUUAGAUAAGAUAUAAUAGGUAUAUCUUAGAUUCUAAGACUUAGAACCUAUAUUAACUGAAAGAAUAAACACAUCUGAAGGAUAAAAUGAGGUGAAAAAUAAAAUAUAAAUUAGAAAAUAAAUUUGAAAUAACUACCUUGGUAUCUACUUAUAUACAUAGGUAUUAUGUAGACACUUUUACCUAGUUUACCCAUAGUUUAAUUUGUUUAAUUAUAAUUUAUUGUUUAAUAUCCAACUAUAUAAGAAGUAUAACAAAAGUACCAAUUUGUAAAAUAGGUACCUAUACUUAUCUAAGUACCUAGUAAAUACAUACCUACAUGAUUCAUGAGUAUACAUGAAUAGCGCAGGUUUGUAUAAAUCUAUGUAAUUUUUUUUAAUUAUAUGAUGUGCGAGUGUUUGUUUCAAAUAUAUGCUCAUUACAUAAUUCCAUUGACAUUUUUCUUUUCUUAACAAUUAUUAAAGGUAGAGAUUAGAGAGUAAUAACAAAUAAUAAUUAUUAUUGUGAUGAUUUUGAUCACCAUAGUAACAACCAUCACAACUAUUUCAUUGAUUUGCUAUGGCGUUAUAUUUUAAAUUAUACUGACAUAUCUAGAUAACCAUUAUUGUUAAUUAAAUAUCAGGAAUUAUGACAGUAUAAUAUACCUAUUUAAAAUACAAUGUUUAGUGACAGCCCAGUGAAUGUAGUUGGGUUUAACCACACUGAGACGCAUAGAAAAGGAAAAGCUGAAAAAUCAAAUCAAUAUAAUGGACUGUUCACUGAAGACAAAUCAUGUGAUACCAUUGAUGUGAAAACUGUAGAUACGCAGACUGAUGCCAUUGAAAACAUUGAUAUUAGAAAUGUUGAUCUUGUUGCAUUAAACAGCUGUUUGGAAAAAGGCUUGAGACUUUUAAAAACUGAAUGUAACGACUGGCCAAAAAUCACUGGUUAUUUUGAGACAACUCAACAAGAUAUAAAUGAUGAAAAAACCAUUAAAGUAUCUACAAGGCAACACCCUUCAUUUGGAAUGAAAAAUAUCAGUGCAAUUAGUUGGAAUUGUAGCGGUGAUAAAUUAAUGGUAGCUACUGGUGAACAUUGCCAUACACAGUGGUGUAAUCAUUUAAAUUCAGUGCUUGUUUACUCGAUGUUGGAUUUAGAAAAUAGUGGCAGUACUGUAUCUAAUAUACUGGAAGUUACAUCUUGUAUCACAUGUUUAGCUACACAUCCAACCAAUGAACAUCUAAUAACAGCUGGAUUAUACAAUGGUGAAUUGGUGAUUUGCAACACAAACGAUAAUAUGUCUAUGGUUUCCCUCGAAUGGCAUUCAGUGGCUGUAUCUGAAUCAUUGUGGUUUGUGAGAUCUGAUCAUCGUGUGGUAUUGAUAACUGCAGGAAAAGAUGGAUAUGUUUGUGUAGGAACUAUGAUAAGUGACAAAAUAAAAUUCACACAAAGAAUAUACAGGUAUUUGGUUGGGAUUCCAGGGAAAGUUGGUAUUCGGUGUUUUGAUUAUUCAAACAGACAUUUUUUAGUAGCUCUGGAAAACGGGAAAAUCUCUAGUCACUUAUGCGAAACAACAAGAAACAUUAAAGAAGACCAAGUUUUAGAAGCUGUUAAAGUUAAGACAUACAAUGGAUAUUCAUUAAUGAUUGAAAAUAUACAAUUUUGUCACAAAAAUUCAACUACAUUUAUCAUAACACAGUUUGAUUCUACAAUACUAUUAUACAAUGUGUAUCAAAAAGAUCCACAAAAAAUUAUUUUUAAUCGAAAACUAAUAACCAGAUUAUGUUGGAGUUUAGAAAAUGAGUUUACAGUAUAUGUUGGAGAAGAAAAUGGAGAACUUGCUAAAAUUAAUCUGACAAAUGGGAAAACAGAUUCAAUCAAAAAAUUUACAUCUUGCGAUAUAAUUGCAAUGAAUAUUAAUCCAAAAAGAAAAAAUAUUAUUGCAAUCGGUACAAUACAAGGAGAAAUAUAUAUAAGUAAAUAUGAACAGCCAUUUAAAACUUGAAAAAAAUUUAUUUAAAUAAUAUAAAUUAUUCUGGUUUAAUAAUUUAAUGUCGGGCGGAAUGUUAUUCACGGUUUUAUUAAUUAUACAAAAAUGUACUACAUUUAUUAAAGAGAAAAAUUGUAUUUAUUUUGACUUUUUUUGUGCUGAUAUUUUGUUUUAAAAAAGAUGUGAUUUGUUGUGGUGACAAACUAUGAUGUAGAAAGGAAUAAAUAAAUAUAUGUAGUGUA